AAUUUCCAUAUUAAAAUGUUGUAUUUGAAUACUAUCACUUUAAGGGUGACACGAUCAAAGUCAAAUGUUAAAGCUUUGAAAGCUAACAACAAAAGCAAGGAAAGUCUAAUGGGCAAUAUAUCAUGUUUAUUCCAUGGUUUAAGAAGAGCUGGUGGAUGCAAAGACGAAGAUAAGAAAAGCAAAAGUACCCAUUAUGAUGAUUCUUCUUAUGACUCAGGGUUUUAUGAAAAUGAUCCAAGUGAUAUUCAAGAGAAAAAAAAUAUCGAUAAUUUCAUCUCUGUUUUGAGAGAACAGCUUCAAUGGAAAAGACAUAUCAUUUCCGAACGAUCCAGCGUCAACCUGCCAUGUCGUGCCAUUGUUCCCAUGACAACCGAAGUUCUGGCUGCAGAUACUGGACCUGAUGGUGGAGUACGAUGUCUAGAUGUGGAACAAACACAUUAUUAUAACUAUUUCCACGGUUCACAACCAGUGAGUUCUAAUCCUAUAGCUGGUGUCCAAGAUUGGAGGAAACACCAUCAUAAAGCGUUUGGCCUAUCGGAAAGCUUGUACGAUACGGAUCCUGAGACAAAUAAACCUGUUGGAGAACCAAAUGCUGAUGCCUUUGCAGUUGUAGCAAGAGAAAAUAAUGCAUUUCUUGCUGUUGCUGAUGGUUGUGGCUGGGGUGUGAACUCAUUUCUAGUUGCAAGAACGGCCGUGAAGGGUUGUAUAGAAUAUCUGAGUAAACAACUUCAUAAGGCAAGCACAACACAAGAAAUUAUGGAUAUUAUGUUAAAUUCGUUCAAAUAUGCACACGAGUGUAUAGUGGAUUCCAAAGGAACUGUAACAACACUCUGUGCGGCUGUCAUAUGUAAAAUACAAGGCAUUAACUGCUAUGGAUUGUGUGUGGUGAAUGUUGGUGAUAGUCUUGCAUUUGUGUACAGAAAGGAUGGUUACGUACAAGAAGUGACUGUAGGUUCUCACAGCCCUGGGGAAAGAGAUAUGAAACAAGCGGGUGGUUGUAUAGGACCACUGGUUGGUGAUGAUCCAGACCUCAGUAAUUUAACUUGUUCAUUUACAUUUGUGGACGAAGGUGAUAUCGUGUUCUUGACUAGUGAUGGGAUUUCUGACAAUUUUGAUCCGCAAGUGUUAAAGAUUACUUCUCCAGGUGAUUUAGAUCAACUACUAACUCCUGUGAAGCCGUCAAAAUCACAAGAGUCGUUAUUGGAUCAAGGUGAUAAACAAGAGAAGCCAACUGACGCAGAUAUGGUUACAGCAGAAGUCGACAAGGAAACUACGGACGAUGAUAUGAGUUCAUCUUGCACAUUUAUGAAAAAGGUAAUCCAAUCAGAAAGUCCUUGUGGCGAGGAGAGUUCUGCGAAAGAACUUUGUGGUAAACUCAUGAACUUCGUUGUACAAAACACGCUAAAAAGAAGAACUUUCUUGGAACAAAAUCGAAAUUGCAAGAGAGAAGAAUUUGAUAAAAAGAAAAGAUCUAUUCCUGGUAAACUUGACCAUGCUACUGUUGUUGCGUAUGAAGUUGGUCACUUUCAACCUCAACCUUUUAAACUGACCUUUCACGAUAAACAACGUCCUCAGGAGAAAAAACAGUCGAGUGGUGAUCAAAGCCCAGAGAAACCUUCAAUGCCCACCUUAGAACAGAAUAACGAGUUUAUUUCGUUGCUUGGUAUUCUUAAGUGAAUAUCUACGAUUUUGUGCAUAAAUAUCUCCUUCGGGUCCUCAUUUAAGACAAGCUUUUUAUCCUUUAGACUUUGUCGUAAUACAGUUUGUUUUCCCAACAAACAAAUAUGUACGGUGUUUCGUAAGGAGAUAUUCGUCCUUGCUGGUUACUGGUCUGUUACUCUGCAAUAGAGACAGCGACAAAGUAGACCGAAAUUCCGUUGCGUUCGUUGUCUAACACCUUGCCUACAUCGGGGCUUGCUGUUUAAAUGGUUUUCAUUAACUUUGAAAUGGUUUUUCUGUGAAACUGUAACCCGUUGUCGUUUUAACCAAACCAUGCACGCAGUUCAUUAUCUUAUUUCAUCGUACGCGAUUUUUAAGGCAGUCUCCGCAUCUUGAGUGCUAAAAUUUAGCAGCUAAAUGCAUUCACUUUUCCAAACUAGUUUAUCAGUAUAGAAUACGAACAAAUUUUAUAGUGGAUGGAUAUUUAUUGUUUUUUGCUCUAAUAAGGCACUAAUAGUACCUAAAAUUCCUUUCCUAUCUUUUAUUGUAAUUGUUUGAUCUAGUUUGAUAUAGUUUUAGUACAUUUUAUAUCAUAAAAAUACUGAAAUCUUUUAAUUUAGUUACUUUAGUACAUGUCUAUAGCUAAAUAUAUCUGCGAUACUUGAUGAAAACCCAUGCAGCUUUGUGUUAUUGUUAGUGAAAUUCGCCUAACCACAAAUGCAAAUUAAUAAUGUC